UUUAUUUCAACAGAUUCCCUAAAAAUGAAGUGCUGCGUCAGAAGUGGCUUGAAGUCAUUGGGACGAAAAAUAUCAAACCUGGACUUAAAGCGUCACGUAUUUGUUCAUUACACUUUGCAGUAUCAUUCUUCAAUAAACAAUUACAACACAUACUGGUAUUUUUUUAAACCAUUUAUUUUUACGAGCACACAAGCGCUUAAGUUCCUGUAUCGGAUUCAGGCGGAAGAAACACCCCGGUGCCACCAUUUUGUGGACUAUGCACCGCCCGGAGACCGGUAGAGAGAGAUAAGAGAUAAUAAACGGGGACAUUUGGGUAUGGUUUUAGCCAGUAAUAGUCUGACGUGCCCCCCGCUCUACCCAGAGCGCUAGAAGUCAUUCGAUGAUUUGUACCUUAAAAAAACAUCCAAAGUACCAGAAGAUUUUUAAUGUAUAAAACUUGGCUAUCGAUAUCGAUACUUUUUGGUUUUGACUACAGUCUUCCCUAGCAAUGGCAGCCAUAUUUAGGCCGCGGUUUCUAGUAGGUAUGCACGCGUAUUUUGUAGGUAUUUCUGGUCCAUAUUAUAGUAGGUCUGUGAUACAGACAGAACUAAUUUGAGACCUGUCAAAUUUACUUAAUCACAUUUACUGUCAUUCACAAAAUUUUUAUUUCACUUUUCGGUACAGCAGUCAGUUCCAAACAGUUUAGUAAGGUAGUGACCACUGUAUUUUAUUACUUAAGUAGAUAAACACCAAAAUGCCGAAGAAAUUUGCUGGUGAAAACAGCAAAGCUGUAGCUGCACGGCAACGAAAGGAAAAUGAAAAGCAAGAGAAGGAACAAAAGAUGAAGAAAAUGAUGGAAGAUGCAGAAUGGGAGGAUAACGACGAGAAACUUAAGAAGAAACAACAGAAGAAGGAGGACCAGGAGAAGAAGCGUUUAGAACAGCUACAGAAAAAAGCAGAAGCAAAGGCUUUACUAGAGAAAGAGAUGCAAUCAAUAAAGGCAACUCCCAAGGCUGCCCCUCCACCUCCUAAGAUUACACGAGCACAGAUUGAAAGGAUGCAAGAGAAAACCAUUAAACCGGAGCCAGUCAAAUCAGUGCCAUCAAAAGUGGUUGUGGAAGAGCCUCCACUGGAGGAGAAUCUCAACAGGAUCCAUUUGGAUGGAGAAGUGGCACAGACUGUUGAUGAAGCUAUUUCUAUACUUGGUGAAAAGUCGGAUACAGAUAGGCAUCCUGAAAAACGUCUGAAGGCAGCAUACACAGCAUUUGAAGAAGCGAACUUGCCAAUACUGAAGGCUGAGAAUCCAACACUGAGACUGUCACAACUCAAACAGAUGCUGAGGAAAGAAUGGCUCAAGUCACCACAAAACCCAUUGAACAUGAAAGUGUAAAGAGCUCUAAAAAUAUUCAUUAUAAAUGCUGUAAUAAUAUUAAUUUGCUCUGUACUAGGUAUUCCAGGUGGUGCAAGUACAUGAUUUUGUUGGCGUAGUAAGAUACUAAAAUGGGUUCAUAAAGUUUCAGUUGUAUUCCAUAUUAAUAUCUAAUUACACAUAUCCAGUAGGUAAAUGAUGUUUGCUAUACAUAAGUUGGUACUUUCAUAAUUUAGUAUAAUAAUAUGUUUAUAAAUGACACAAUUUGUUUAUAAUAAUUACUAACUUAUAUUCAAAAUGCAGUCUUACUCCGUAGGACAAAUUGUACUAGAAUAACACAGGCAUUGUAAAUACAUAAUAUAAAUUUCUAAAUUCA